AUGGAGGGGGUGUACCUACAUGAUGCGAGAUCCUUCUUGGGAACUGCGACGUUAACCCGGAUUCUCAGCAAAACCUCCCCCAAGCGUAUAUACGUGCUCUGUCGGCGGGGCUACGAGGGGGCACGGGAGAGAUGGACCUCGUUAUUACCGGACUCCAUUGCGGAAGCAUUACUCUGCAGCCCAAAAAUAACCAUCGUAGAUGGCGAUAUCAUUGCUGAGAAAAUGAGUCUUUCGGAUGAGAUGUGGAACACCCUCGAGCAAACCGUGAACAUAACCAUCCAUAGCGCGUCAUCUAUCAACCUGCUCAGUGGAUUGCCAAAGAUGUCUCGCUCUGUGAUACAGCCAACUCUAGAGCUGGCAGAAUGCUCGUUAAAGUUUCGAAACCUGGAACGCUUUGUCUAUAUAUCAACAGCGUACUGCAACACACACUUAUGGAGAUUGACCGAAGCUGCCGACGUUCCCGGACAAGCCACGAAUACCGCUUUUACGAUUUCCCCCUUUGCAUAUGCAUACGCUAAAAACUUGACCGAACGGCUUAUCACACACAAAUUCAACAAGCAUGACAUUUCAAACAAACUGCUAAUUAUCAGACCAUCCGUCAUUGCUCCAGCCAUUGAAUUCCCUUAUCAGGGCUUCUCUUCUCCCGCCUCGACGCCAUCGACCGUCCUUGCAGCCUCUAUUGUUCUGUACCCCGGUCGCCACAUGGUAAUUGUAGGAAGAUGCCAGGACCCGUGGAAAGAAACGACCAUGGACGAGGUCCCCAUCGAUGUGGUUGUUGAUCGUCUGCUUAUACAUACGGCGUUUGCAACCAGCGGCUGCAUCCAUGCUGUUCGAGGAGAGAAUGAGCGUUUUCCCUUCGAAGCCUGGUGGAAACCGCUUAUGGGUGAACGCCGGAUUCCCUGGAGAGUCAAGCCGGCUUGGAAGGAAGUGGACUGGCAUUCUUCGAAGUUGCAUCCUUCUGCGAGGAUCUAUAAAGUCCUAGGGGCUUCUUUUGCGUUUUCACAGGAGAGGACUCUUGAGUUGGGCGAGCGUCUUCGUGAGAAAGGAAGGGGUGAUUUGCGAUUGUUUGAGCCGGCGGGGGAAGUUUAUUCGCUUACAUCGAGGAGAGAUGAUAUUCGCCAGAUGGCGAUGGCCAUAGUGAAGAGGAAUAAGUGGCCUAAGUGUUUGGUCAAAUUGCUUUGCCGUAAAGGCAAUGAGGAGCGGUACAAGUCUAUAUGA